ACUUGACCGAGUGACCACCUUACAUAUCCAACUCUCUCGGGAACUCGUCAGUUUGCGGUCCGGAGUUACCAGCAGCGGUUGGCGGUUACGAUUUCUCCUCGAUCAACAAGUAAAACGCGAUGACAAUAACCGUCUCGAGCGACGAACGUCAUCAACAUGGAAUAAACGGGAACCUAUCGGACGGGACCAUCAACAAUGGUUUCAUACUAGAAGAUUUGGGCAGUAAGAAACAAAAUGGUGCCAAUCAUCAUCAUGGUACCCACCACGGGCACGACCAUCACUACCACGUGCGUCAUCAUCACCUCCGAGAAAAACCCGACCACGACUACACCGAUGAUGUGAUCACCACACAUGGCGUUCAGCCGCACCACAAGACAACCUACCUGGAAACAAUGACCCACCUCCUCAAAGGCAAUAUCGGCACGGGCUGUUAUGCAAUGGGUGAUGCGUUCAAAAAUGGAGGUUUGAUUCUGGCCCCUAUACUCACCUUGUUCCUUGGAUUUAUUUGCGUCCAUUGUCAGCAUGUUUUGUUGAAUUGUGCCAAUAAACUCCACCUUAAUCAACAGACCAAAGGCCACCCGCCGGAUUUUGCGGAAACCGUAGGACUCUCCUUCAAAGCAGGUCCUCCCAGGUUUAGAAAUCUUGCUAAGCCGAUGAAGAUGGCGGUCAACAUUUUCAUCUGCGUGACACAACUAGGUUUUUGCUGUAUAUACUUUGUAUUCAUCAGUUCGAAUUUCAAACAGAUUUUUGAUCGCUACGACCUGAUUCUUGAUGUGCAUUAUCAUAUGGCUAUACUGCUGAUCCCCAUCAUUCUAACUGCAAUUAUUACAAAGCUUAAAUUUUUAUCGUAUUGUUCGAUGAUUGCAAACAUAUUCAUGUCGCUUGGCAUAGGAAUCACCUUCUAUUACGCCGGCCAGGAUCUUCCAUCGCUAACAGAACGUCGUUUCGUCGCCGACUGGGACCAGAUGCCACUGUUUUUUGGUACAGCCAUUUUUGCCUUCGAAGGAAUCGCCUUGGUUCUUCCUCUCCAGAACGAAAUGAAGCAGCCGCAUGAUUUCCGCAAAACCUUUGGCGUACUGAACAUCGGUAUGGUGUUUAUUGUAACGCUUUUCACCAGCUUUGGCUUUGUAGGUUACCUCAAGUGGGGCGAGGACGUGGAAGGAACUAUGACACUUAAUCUCCCGGACGAUGAGAUUUUGGCUGAAAGUGUCAAAGUUAUGAUCGCGCUAGGUGUGUUACUUGGAUAUGCGCUUCAAUUUUUUGUGGCGAUCGCAAUUAUGUGGCCAUCGGUGCAGUGCCGCUUGAACAUCACCCAACACAAAACAUUAGCCGAGAUGGGUUUCCGCGUAGGAAUGGUGUUUGUUACGUUCAUCAUUGCUGAAUGCGUUCCAAAACUCAGUCUGUUCAUCUCGUUAAUCGGUGCGUUAUGUUCAACUGCGUUGGCGCUAAUAUUUCCACCGAUUAUCGAAUUGAUCGUAGCGUACUCGGAUGGAGAACGGAACCCAAGCGUGUUUCUACUGGCUAAAAACAUUUUCAUAUUAUUGUUGGCGCUGCUUGGAUUCUUCACUGGGAGCUACGAAAGUUUGACAAAAAUCAUACAAGAGCUACUAUGAUUCUGUAUAUAAAUCGUUAAGUCUUACUAUUGUUAAA